AUGUCUUUUUUACUCUUCAGCCGCAUCCGAACCCAAAACUUGUGCUUCCGGUUUCUGAGGCGUCACAUCACAUCCUCCUUCUCCGCAGUGCCAUACCCACUUGGAAGAAGAGAUCCUGAUUCUCUCCCACUCUCACUUACUCAAAAGCUUGAUCCCGGAGAAAUCCACCUUAUCGACGACCGCCCGAUUUCCUUACGUUACAGAGUCGAGGCACUUGUGGAGCUGUCCAACUUAGACGACGCCGCCCGUAUCUCUCGCUUCGUUGUAUUCGACAGAUUCCGCAACGACGGCGCCAUUGUGCCUUGCAACGCCAUCAUCGACGCUAUGUGCCGCUCCAAACAGUACGAGGAUGCCAUAGCACUCUUCCAUUACUUUUUCAACAAGUCUAACAUAGUCCCCAACACCUUCUCCUUCAACCUCAUCAUCAAAGCUCACUGUGAUCAAGGCCACGUCGACGACGCCCUUGAGAUUUACCGCCACUUUACAGCCUUUUCUUCUCCCGACAGCGACACGCACAGGCUGCUGGCUCAAGGGCUUAUUCAGUCCGGGAGGAUUGAUGAAGCCGAGUUUUUAGCCACGUCUUUGUCUGUUGUUGAUUGGAAGGUCCACAACGUUCUGAUUCGCGGCUUCUUGGAUCUUGGAAACUACGACAGGGCUCAUCAGCUCUUUGCCCAAGUUAAGGAUGCAGACGGGAUUGCCUUUGUGAGUUGCACCUUCUUGGACUACUGGUUUGAGCAAGGGAACGAAGAUGAUGAAGAAAAAGCUAUGCGUUACUUACCUGGUAAGGUUGUUGAAUCAGUGUCUGGCAAUAAGCUUGUGGAAAUUUUGUUCAAGCAUGGUCAGGCAGAUUUUGGUUGGGCAUAUUUCAAGGGCAUGUUAGAAGAAAGAAUCUUUGAUUCAGAGACCAUCAACAUAGGGGUCAACGAGUAUUUCAAGCACGGCCAGUUUUGUGAGGCUCUCGAGACCUUUAAAAUGUGCCCUCCUGAAAUCAUGCGUGGAUCCUAUAGCAACAUCAUCGCCAGGUUCUGCGAACGUGGAAUGUCCUCCGAGGCAGAGUCUCUACUUGCGGAAAUCACCUCAUCACCAGAGGUUGCCAUAUUUAGAGCACUGAUCGAUGCUUACGUUAGGGCAGGAAGAGUGGAUGAUUCUUUCCGUAUCUUCAACAAGAUGAUUGCUGCAUGCCUACGCAACGUUGCUAUCCAUCAUGCCCCUUGAAACCCCCCGCCCUAUAUUCUUACUACUCUUUACUUUUAUCUAUUACUUACUCACUAUUUGUGUUUCUUUUCCAACGGUUAGUAUCUAUUCUUUAAUGUGUUUCCAUAACCUGGCUUGUGCAAGUAGCUUUUGAAUUGUCUAUAACCAUUUGAGUAUAGGCUUUGGUUAUGGUCUAAGUAAAGACACAUCUCUAUUUUUGUUUUUGUUUUUUUUUUGUUCAAGACACACAUCUAUCAGUUGUGUAGCCUUUUCCCAUACUAUUUGCGGCUUGUAUUUAUGCUUCUUCCCCACGUACGUUUGGUUCUUGUUAUUAUUAUUUUUUCUUGGUAACAAAGUGAAACCUCUCUCACUAAUUCGUGGUUUAUUUUAGAUCAUUGGCCUAAGGAAGUCUACGGAGAAGAAAACUUUCUCCUCUUGGAAGAUGAAGAAUAAGACUAUACGGAGUAGACGAAAGCUCUUUUUCUUUUGGUUCUGGAUGUUAAAACUAAAUAUGCAACAUUGCACGUGAGAACAUUAGCACAUAUUUUACAUGCUCUCACGAGUAGAAACAGAUAUCGAUAAACAUUUUAUUUUUAUUAUAGUGAAAUCCCGACGAGUGUUGUAUACAUAACUCC